AUUUCUAAAAUAAACUAGGGAUUUUUCCUGAACAUCUAUCAACAUAGAGCGUCAGAAUAAAUAAAUAGUAAUAUUUGGCUGCCAAAUUUGAUCAUAAAGCUCACUGGUUGAAGAGAAGAGAUCAAGAGUGGCCGUAGUGGGUGGCGACUUGAGGUGCACUACCCAAUGGUCCUAGAGUUUAGUCGGCGGGACGAACGGGACACAGACUACACCAUGAACUCCGCCGUCAGCACAGAAUCCAUGGAUAUGGAGGGGGAGGACAUGUCACAAGUUGACGGUUGCGGGUUGAGUGGGGCUUCGGACGACGACGACGAGUGCGCGUCCUCCCCCACCGGCUCCGCGUACGAUGACAGCGCUGAUCUCAUCAAGAAUGCCAUGAGCGAUGAAGUUACCAAGCAACUUGCUGCAGCUGGUCCGGUGGGCAUGGCUGCCGCAGCCGCUAUAGCGUCCUCUAAGAAACGCAAGCGGCCGCACUCCUUCGAGACCAACCCGUCCGUCAGGAAGCGACAUCAGAAUAGAUUACUUAGGAAACUCAGACAAACAAUAGAAGAGUUCGCGACUCGCGUGGGCCAACAAGCCGUGGUACUAGUGGCGACCCCUGGCAAGCCAAAUACCUCAUACCGUGUGUUUGGGGCGAAGCCUCUAGAGGACGUUGUACGCAAUCUGCGCUGCAUGAUCAUGGAGGAACUGGAGAACGCACUCGCACAACAGUUCGGGCUGGGCGACGGGCCGCAGGCGCCGGCGCCGCCGCAGGAGGAUCCCUCGCUGUUCGAGCUGCCGCCGCUCAUCAUCGACGGCAUCCCCACGCCCGUCGAGAAGAUGACGCAGGCACAGCUCCGCGCAUUCAUACCGCUCAUGCUCAAGUACUCCAUGGUGCGAGGGAAACCGGGUUGGGGCCGCGAGUCCACGCGACCUCCGUGGUGGCCCAAGGACCUUCCUUGGGCCAACGUCAGAAUGGACGCUCGUACUGAGGACGAGAAACAAAAGAUGUCGUGGACUCACGCGCUUCGUCAGAUCGUGAUCAACUGCUACAAGUACCACGGGCGAGAGGACUUGUUGCCCGCCUUUACAGAGGACGACGAGAAGGGACCUCCUACGCAACCCAUAUCGGCUUGUAUGCCGACCGCGGCCAGUAACUCGUCGUCUAGUUCUACAUCUGCAGCACGGAACAGCCAGCAGCAACAAGCAGUGCUGACGUCACAACAAGUCUGCAUCGAUCAAAUGACCCUCGCUGAUGUUGAUAUGUCACAAUACGCGCCUGCUGUUCUACAAACAAUCACGAAUCCGGACGGAACUGUGUCUCUCAUCCAAGUCGACCCCAGCAAUUCCAUCAUCACAUUACCUGACGGCACUACUGCGCAAGUUAUUCACAGCGGCGAGGGUGGAGCGGGUAUCCAGGCACUAGACGGAGAUGGCGCCGUGGCCGUGGACCUCAACGCAGUAGCUGAGGCCACGCUCAACCACGACGGACAGAUCAUACUCACCGGGGAGGACGGACAUGGGUACCCAAUCUCAGUGUCGGGAGUGAUCACAGUGCCAGUGUCUGCGUCAGUGUACCAGUCGAUGGUGGCGUCCAUGCAGCAACAAGAUGGCGGCGUCUGCGUGGCGCCGCUCGUACAGAUGGAUCAGAACGGUGAGGGUUUGGAGACGAUCUCUAUGGGCGGCGGCGUCACGCAGGUGAUGCUGCAGGGCGGAGAGGGCGCGCAGGUCUUACAGGUGCUCAGUCUCAAGGACGCUACUGUACUCACCAAAGCCAUGCAAGUAAAAGCGGAACGUGACGCCGUAGUAACAGAUUCCUAGCUGCUAACUCUGGUGGCGAGCUCGCCGCCGCCUGACGGAGCCUCUGACUGCCCCGAACUGAUGAACGACGUGACUUAACCCCCGCGACAUGUACGCACUCUAAACUUCCAUACACACACCUAUACAGACAACGGACACUUAUACACAGCGGCUCGGAAGGCGAGGCCUAGCUACUCUAAUUGUUAUUCUAAACAUAGAGGCAUCAUCUAGUGUUGCAGUCAAAGUAAACAAGUGAAUUAAUAAAAAUAGUUAAUUUAACUAUAGUGGCCAUCGGCAUUCGGCGCUACCGCCGCGCAAGUAUUCAGCUCGUACUACUCAAACGGAAUGUUAGACAUGUGCGCGGCGGCCCGGCCGAGACAUCAAGUUACGGCAUAGCAAUCGAAUCCAGUGAUGUCGGAGUGAUUUUGAAUUUUAGUAAUAAAUUUACCAUUAUAUUAGACUUAAAUUUUGCCAUGAAAUGGGAUUUAAUUUAUUUAAAUUAUUUCAUCGUAACUUAUAUUAUUUAUUGAUGUGAAAAGUAAGACUAAUUUAUUUUUAGAGAUGCAAAUCUACGUGUGGUGGGGAACAGAUUUGUGCAAUACAUAAUUUAUACCAGUCGCGUUUAUUUUGUAUAGAACUCCCGUUGCGAUAGUAAAGCAGGUGCAGUAGGUGCACUAGUGCCAGGAGGUUCAUAUAAUCGUAUACAUUCCUGUAAUAUUACAAGUGAGUUUGUUGUGUACAUUUGUUGUUUAUGUUUAGUUUGCCUUUUGUUUGUUAUACACCUAUCUAUUUAUUUAAUCUAGUCUAAACCAAGUCAAAGCAACCUAUUCUAGUCCGAGUGAAUAUAUUUAAGAACUUUACCAAAACUUUUCUAUAACAUAAGUUUUGUAAAUUAAUGUAAUUUAACUUGUCCUCUAUAAUGUAAAUUCGUUUAAAGAAACAAUAUUAUAAUUCCUGCGCAGGGUUACUACAUAGAUGACGACGUUAGUGUUUAUCGGUGUUUAAAUCUUAGGAAUGUAAAGACUUCCAAUUUUGUGAAGUCAGUACGAAAAUAAAGGUAGAUUAAUAGGUAAUAUUGUCCAACGUUGUACAUCAGGUUUCCUUUCAAUCAGCCUGCUCAUAGGAUUCUCAAUGUAAUUCACAUUAAAUUUAUAUAAGGUUUAUAGUCGAGACUAUAACGUAAGGUAGAGUUCAUAGAAAAGUACAAAAGUGCAAAACUAUUAUGAUGUGCGGAAUAAUAUAGUUGUUUUGUAAAAGCCACGAACGAAUAGUACUUACCUAUUUACUUCAGAUUUAUUCAGAUUUGUUUUAUUUAUUUUCCAUAUUUUAUUUUUGUUUUAUUUACCAAAGAACGAUUAAGUUUUGUCCUCUAAGAUAGCACAAUUUUGUUGUUAAGUACAAUUUGUGAUUGUAAAUAAUGGUAUGACUGUGUGAAUAUGGCAAUCAUUAAAGUAUUUACGUACA